AUGCCACAAUUACUUUAUCAUCAUCAUCCACCACCGGAACCAACACCACCUAUUCCACCUCGUACUCGUUCACGGCCACCAUCUCGACAACAACAACAAACAGUUUCAUCAACAUCUAAUCAUCAACAAAAAAAUUUUUUUCGACUUGAUGAUUUACCAUCACCUGAUCGUGAAUGGCAAUUACUUGAAAAUAUUGGUGAUGGCACCUACGGCGAAGUAUUUCGUGCAAAAAAUAUUCGUAAUCCUGAUUUUAAUGCUGCUGUAAAAAUUAUGCAUCUAACUAAUGAAGUUCUCGAAGAAAUUGAACAAGAAUAUCGUGUACUUCUUGAACUUUCAAAUCAUGAAAAUCUUUGUCGUUUUUAUGGUGCUUAUUUAAAACGUGCUUCACCACCAUUACCACCUCCACCUCGUAAUUCAACUGUUUCAUCACCAACACUUAUUGAUAAAACAAGUCUUCUUUCAAUAGAAACGAAUUCAAUAAAUAGUUUUAUUAGCCCAACAGCAGCAUCUACAGCUUAUCAACUCGAUCAAUUAUGGUUAGUUAUGGAAUUAUGUACAAGUGGUAGUGUUACUGAUUUAGCUAAAUCAAUGCUUAAAGCAAAUGAACGUCUUGAUGAAUCUAUUAUUGCUUAUAUUAUACGUGAAACAUUAAAAGCUUUAUAUCAUCUUCAUUCAAAUAAUGUUGUUCAUCGUGAUGUUAAAGGUCAUAAUAUUUUAAUAACAGGGGAUGGUCAUAUUAAAUUAAUUGAUUUUGGUGUUAGUGCUUAUCUUAAUCCAACAAAUGGACGACGUAAUACAUCAGUUGGUACACCAUUUUUUAUGGCACCUGAAGUUAUUGCAUGUGAAAGACAAAUGGAUUGUAAUUAUGAUACACGUGCUGAUGUUUGGUCAACUGGUAUUACAGCUAUUGAAAUCGCUGAAGGUGAACCUCCACUUGCUGAAAUGCAUCCAAUGCGUGCACUUGUUUCUAUUCCUCGAAAUCCACCUCCAUGUUUACGUCAACCCGAAUCAUGGUCAAAUGAAUUUAAUGAUUUUAUUCGUCAAUGUUUAAUAAAAGAUUUUGAAGCUCGACCUACAGUUGCAUAUAUGUUAAAUCAUCCAUUUCUAACACAAAUACCUACCGAUGAUAUUGAAGCACGUCAUCAUAUUGUACAAAUUGUUCAACGUAAUAAACGUUGUUAUGAUUUAUGUGUUAAAAAAACAAGUCGUGAAACAUGUGGAGUUAAAAAUGGACAUAUUAGAGGAAAAUCAGAAACAUGUUCAUCAAUUGCUAUUGAAACAGCAACAGAAGCAUAUUCUCCAAAAGUUGAAUCAAUUAUUCAACCAUCAAAACGUAUGUUACAAAUGAUUAGUAAACCACAUGAAAAUCAUAAACGACCAGCACCACCACCACCUAUUGACAAUGGACAUCAUAAUCAAAGUUAUAAAACAAAACGAAAAUCUCAAUCACGACGACAACAAAAACAAAUAUCAAAUGAAAAUCGUUCAUCACAAUUUUAUUUAUGUGAACAAAAUUCUGAUGAUACACCUGUUCGUCAUCCUUCAUUAAAAAAGAAGUCUUCUAAUAAAUAUUUUUAUAAUUCAACAUAUGAUUCAUAUUAUCCAAAUAAUUCAAUAUCAACAGAUGAUUUAGCACAAUUAGAAAAUUUUGAUGAACAAUCAAUCAUGACUUAUAUGUAUAAUCGAUUUUUAUCAAAUCAAAUUUAUACUUAUAUUGGUGAUAUUCUUCUUGCUGUUAAUCCAUUUCGUGCAUUACCCAUAUAUGGUAAAGAUGCAAUGAUACGUUAUCGAUCAUGUAUAAAACGUGAACAAUCACCACAUAUAUAUGCUUUAGCAGAUUUUACUUAUCAAGCUAUGUUACAUGAUUUAGAAAAUCAAUAUAUUGUUAUAUCAGGUGAAAGUGGUUCCGGUAAAACUCAAUCAGCUAAUUUUCUUGUUAAACAAUUAACAUUUCUUGGCAAUGCACCAAAUAAAAGUUUACAAGAAAAAAUUCUACAAAUUAAUCCAUUAAUUGAAGGUUUUGGUAAUGCUCGAACAAUAAUAAAUGAUAAUUCAUCACGUUUUGGUAAAUAUCUUGAAAUGUUAUUUACAAAACAAGGACGUGUUACAGGUGCACGUUUAUCAGAAUAUUUAUUAGAAAAAACUCGUGUUGUUAAUCAAGGACGUGCUGAAAGAAAUUUUCAUAUUUUUUAUUAUUUAUUUCAUGGUUUAGCAUCAUCAUUACCAAAUGAUGAACAAGCUUUUUAUUUAUCAAAAAAUCAAAUAUAUAGAUAUUUAAAAACAGAUUUAAAUGAUGAACAAGAUUUAUCAGAAAAUUUUAAAGAAAAAUUUAAAACAAUUGAAAAAUGUUUUGAAAUUAUUGGAUUUCAAUAUGAUGAAAUUAAAUCAAUUUAUCGUAUAUUAGCUGGACUAUUACAUCUAGGAAAUAUUAAUUUUCAUCAAAAUGAAGGAUAUUUUAUUGAUGGUAAAACAUGUUUAACAGAUCGAUAUUUAUUAAAUAUUGUUUGUGAAUUAUUUGGUUUGGACAUAGCACAAAUUGAUUUAGCAUUAACAACAUGUAAUAUUGUUACACGAGGUGAAACUAUUCAACGCUCAACAACAUUACAAGAAUCACAAACAACAAGAGAUGCAAUGGCAAAAGCUCUUUACAAUCGUUUAUUUUCAUGGAUUGUUAAUCGAAUUUCCACACUUCUUUCACCAUCAGCUAUUAUUUCAAAAGAUAAAUCAAACAUAAUUAUAGAUGAAGACUCAAGUGCACGAUCAUAUACAAUUAAUAAUUAUAAUACAAAUAAUAAUAAUAAUCAAGAUGAUCAAAGUGAAAAUGAAGUUGAUGAAAAUUUCGAUACAGAAUAUGAUACAAAUAAUAUAAAUCUAACAAUGAUUACAUCAUAUCCACCACCAACAGUUAUGUGUGCUAUGCGUCGUACACUUGAUUAUCUUGAUAUGACACCAUCAUCAUCAACAUUUUUACUUCAAUUACAACAAUCUGAAGAUGAUAAUGAUGAUGAUAUUGAUGAUAAUCUUUUAAAUAUAAAUAAUAAUAAUAAUAUAAGUAAUAAUUCAUCACCAUCACCAUCACCACCAAAUCCAACUGAUAAUAAUAAUAAUAAUAAUAAUCGAACAUCGAAUAAAAUAAAUGAUUUAAAUAAUAAAUCAUUAUCUGAACAUUGUCAAAAUGAUGAUAAACCAAUUAAAAAUUUAAUUGAUAAUUGGACAAAAGUUGUUGCUGCAUCAUCAAAUGGUAUAUCAAUGAUUGAUAAAAAAAAUUUUUCAUCAAAACAUGGACGUUUAAAUUUAUCAAAUCGUGCAGCAAGUGAAAUAAAUUUAUCAUUAAGAAAACAAACAGUUGAAAAUAAUCUUAAAAAACAUUAUCAAUCAUCAAAUAAUCUUUCAAUAAAUACAAAACAAUUAUCAUCAUCACCAUCAUUAUCAAUUUCAACAAUUCAACAAAAUACAUUAUUAAUUCAACCAAUUAAUGAAUUAGAACAAGAUAAUAAUGAACUUAAAAUAGCUAUUUUAGAUAUAUUUGGUUUUGAAAAUUUUUCAACAAAUACAUUUGAACAAUUAUGUAUUAAUAUAGCUAAUGAACAAAUUCAAUAUUAUUUUAAUCAACAUGUUUUUGCAUGUGAAAGACAAGAAUAUAUUAAUGAAAAUUUAGCUGUUUUACCAUUACCACCUAAAAUGGAUUUUACAUUUUAUGAUAAUAGACCAUUACUUGAUAUGUUUCUCAGUAAACCAGUUGGAAUGUUAGCAUUAAUUGAUGAAGAAAGUCGUUUUCCAAAAGCAACUGAUUAUACAUUAGUAGAUAAAUUAAAUGCAAAUUUUUCCACUUCUCCAUUAUAUAUUCGUUCAAAAUCAAGUUUUUCAUCAAGUUCAAUAUCUUCAGCAUCAUCAUCAACACAUCAAUCAAUUCCUUCAUUUUCAAUAAUACAUUUUGCUGGUCAAGUUCAAUAUGAUGCACGUGGUUUUCUUGAAAAAAAUCGUGAUUAUUUAGCACCAGAAAUUAUUCAAAUUUUACGUUCAUCUAAUGUUCAAUUAAUUAGUACAUUAUUUCAAUUAUCAUUAACAAAAACGGGUGCAUUACAAGAAAAUGAAUCUCAACGUUAUAAUCCAAUGAAUACAGAAUCAAAUUUAGAUUUAACUAAUACAUUAAUGCCAUUAAAUGCUAGUCAUAAUCGUGUACAAGCAACUGUUUCAACUUAUUUUCGUUAUUCAUUAACAGAUCUUUUUUCAAAAAUGAUUCAUGGUUCACCAAAAUUUGUUCGUUGUUUUAAACCAAAUAAUGAUCGAAUACCAGGUUGUUUUGAUACUCAAACUGUUCUUGAACAAUUAAAAUAUAGUGGCAUUUUAGCAGCGGCAAAAAUACGUCGCUUUGGUUAUUCACAUCGUAUUCCAUUUGCAAAUUUUAUUCAACGUUAUUCAAUACUUGUCUAUCCAAUAACAAUCGAUUUACCAUUAACACGUGAAACUUGUGAAAAUAUUUUACAUAAAUUAAAAAUGCAAAAUUGGACAACUGGUAAAAGUAAAGUAUUUUUAAAAUAUUAUCAUGCUGAACAAUUAACACGUCUUUAUUCUGAUAUGGUUAAUGCUGUUGUAAUCAUCCAAUCCUAUGUACGUAUGCAUUUAGGACGUUUAUAUCUUAAACGUCGUCAGCAUAAACAUUCAAAUGAUAUAAUUAUUCAAGAACUUAAUCGACAUCCAAAAUUUUCACGAUCGAUGAUUACUGAUGAACAACUAAAAGAAAAAGCAAUUAUUUGUAUACAAUCAUGUAUACGUGGUUAUUUACAACGACGUUAUUUUACUCAAUUAAUAAAAAAACCUUUAACUAAAGAAACAGCUGCUAUUAUAAUACAAAAAUAUUAUCGUGGUUAUAUUUUUCGAAAAGCUUAUUAUAUGUAUAAACAACGUUUAACUAUUCUAAUGCUUUGUUUUCUACAACAAAUUGAAUUACUUAAUAAUGAUUUUUUUACAAAAACUGUUCGUACAAAUUAUUGUGUUUCAUUAAAAUCCAUUGAAACAAUAACAAAUAAUCAUGGUAAUAAUAAUAAACAAGCAAAUAAAUUUAUUCAACAUAUAUUUCCACCACCACCACCAUUACCAUUACCAUCAACAUGUGGAGCUUUUUCAUCACCAUUAUCACAUUCUGAUUCAUUAAAUCCAAUUAAAAUACCAAUAAAUUCAUCAUUAUCAUCAUCAAUAUUACCUCUUACAUCACGUUUAUCACCAAUACAUCAUAAUUUAAUUUUAACAUGUCAUUCAAAUCGAUCUCCAUCACCAACAUCAUCUGUUUCAAAAUUUGCUCAAGUUCGAGAUAUGUUUGCUCGUGCUCAAAUAACAACAUCUGUCAUAACUCAUCAUUCUAAUCCAAUAAAAAAUCAUAUACAAAUAAAUACAACAUCAUCACAAAUAAAUACAACAUCAUCCCAAAUAAAUUCAUCUAUUGAACAAAGUCGUAGUCCAAAGUCGACAACUGUUUUAAAUGCAGUACAAGAGUAUCAACGACAACAUAUUAAUAUGCAUCAACCUGUUGCUAAACGUUUUACUCAAUUAAAUAAUGGUGUUAAUUCUAAUGUUAAUCGUUCAUCAAAUAUUGGAGGAAUACGAGCACGUGUUAUUGGACAAUCGGCUUUAAAUAAUAAUAAAUUACAAAAUAAAUCAAAUCUACCUGCUUAUGCUACAUCAUCUCCAAAACAACAACCAAAACCUAUUGCACGAGUAAUCUUAAGUUAUAAUUAUUAA